AUGACCGAUGCUCUUUUAGAAUGCAUUUUUAGGAAUGAUGUUGAUCAACUUAUGAGGAUAAUCACUCCAGAGAAUGCAAGCGAAGAAAAAGAAAAGAAAUACAAAAUUAAAAUUUCAGAUAGUUUCCUUUUAUUUCCAAAAAGUGGACUAACCUUACUUCAUAUUGCAGCAUAUGCUAAUUCAAUGGAAUGCUUUAUAUACCUUCAUUCUAAAUGUAACUUUCCUCUGGAAAUUCAAUCUCUUGAUCUCAAAAUGCCCUUUCAUUAUGCAGUAAAUUCUGGAGCAGCCGAUAUUGUUAUAUACAUUCUACACAAUUAUGAAGCAAGAUAUGGCCGAGAAAAGCUUAUUCAAGAUUUUUUCAAAAAAGAUUACACAAAUCAAGAACAGAAAUACGGACCUACAUCCUGUAGCAUCAUUUUUGCCGCUGCUACGUCGAAACAGCCUCAAGUUUUAUCGGCUUUAUUCAAAUACGGCUUUGAUUGCACAAAGUUUGCCAGUAAAUGCAAAUUCAAGCUUCAAGAAGCUUUGAGCACUGUUGUCAAAGCUCGAAACGUCGAAUCUCUUAAAAUUCUUUUGAAGAAUAUCCAGCCAUCUACAUAUAAGGACGAAAAAUCCUUAUUACUUGCUGCUAUUGACUACAACCAGAUAGAAGCCAUACCAUUAUUACUAGAAUCAGGCUGCGAUCCCAACUACGUUACUCCAGACAACAAAACUGCGAUGUAUCGUGCUUGUUUCUAUUCCUCUGUUGAUGCAGUAAGGAUAUUAGCCGAAGCUAUGUAUGAUGUUGACAUCCCUUCUAAAACCCGUGCACAAGCUGCCGUCCAUUGGAUUUGCCAAUCGAAAUCAAUCGAAAUUGCGAAAAUUUUAUGCGCGAAAGGUAUUGAUGUCAACAGAGUAGACCAAGAUGGAAACACAGGACCAUUUUACAUCAUCGAUAUGGAUAUUCCACAAGAACAAACCAUUGGAAUUUUACAAAUUCUUUUAGAUCACGGUUUGGACAUCAAUUUCCAUGAAAAAGGAAAACUUACGAUACUUGGUUACUUCUUGACUUCAAUUAACACUACAAAGAACGCAAAAAUUAUUGAUUUUCUCUUGCAAAAUGGAGCUGAUCCAAAUGCAGAAGUUUUUUCAUCAGGAUACAUGUCAAAUAGCAAUACAAAGAUGACAUGCAAGGAUAAAUUGAGAAAAAUUGCAAAGAAUGAUGAACUCAAAGCAGUUUAUAAGAAAUAUUUCGGUGAAUUAGAAACAACACCGAAAAAAUAA